CGUUGGUGGGUAUCACCUCAGGGACGCUCACUAAAUAGGGCGAGUAGUUUAUCUUCAAAUAAUCCCAUGUCUGUACGAUCAUCUGAAGAAUGACGUUCAGAAAAAUGUGAAGUGAGAGGCAGCCCAUGUUUGAUCUGUGAGAUGAUUGCAUAGCUUAUGCAGUAAAUUGCUGAGAUCAAACAUCAACUGACCAUGACUGAAAGAGGGAAUGGAAAGGUCCUGGAAUAUUUCUUCUCAAAAGAUCUCAGUCCACUGCUCAAGAGGCUUAGGAAAUUAAAGGAAUGAUUAAGCAUCUGUAAAGGAAAUUACAACAAACGUGGAUGAUUUGUGUUGAUGAUGGAGCCAGGAAAUGAACGACACGAUAAUGUUCUGGAUCUUCUUAAGAGGAGUUGCUCCUUUGACAGCUUUUUCCAGUGCAGACAGACAAAUGUGAAGGAACGCAGUGGAUUAACUCUGAAGUGGCGUAAAAGUGUUGACAGCUUGAUGUGUAACGAAGAGCAGCACUCCUUAUUAAGUGAUGUCGUGAUAAAGAGAAUUACGUCAAUUCCACCAACAGAUACACAUGAAAUGAUGUGUGAAAUUAUAGCACACAACUCCAUUGAGAAAUCAACUGACAUGAAUAUCUGCUCAGAGGAAGAUGUUCUAAAUUGUACAUUUGAAUCGUGUGAUAUCGAGGGGAAAGGGGAAGUAUACGUAUCCAGAAUCAUUGGAUAUCUGGAAGAUGUGACAGGUCAAAGCUGUGAGAAAGGGCAGCUAAAACUUCUGCAAAAAAUGCUAAAUCCUGAAGAAAAAGACAUUACUGUGAAUUUAGAUACCUUCCACAGCAUCAUGAAACAGUGGAUUGCUGAAUGCAGACAGGAGGGAUUCUCCAGUGGAAAGAUUGAAGAGGCUACGUCCUUUGAAAGCAUUUGCAUUUUACCAACUGAUAAGAAAUGUGAUACAACUUCAGGACAUCUGGAAGGGUACGGUGGUGAUGUGAAUAGGGGAAACCUAGAGACAACUGAGCUGAUAAAUGACAUCGAGUGUCUGGAAUACACAAACAAGAAGUUGGUGGAUCAAAAUGCAAAACUACAAAGAUCAAUAGAGGGAUUUGAAGAAGCAAAUGUACGUCUGACUGAGGAAAUCUUUGAACUGAAAAGUAAACUCAAAAGCUCUCAACAAGUGUUGCUUCAAGUAAAGUUAUUAGAAAAUGAACUGGAGGAUUUGAAGUCCAUUGUAAAGAACUUGGAGGACAGAAAUUAUAAGUUGCAGAUUCAUAACAGACAACUGAAUGGAAAACUAACAGCUGAGAAAGACUACGCACACUGGAGAAUUGAAGAACUGAUAUCGGAAAAGGUUGAGCUGAAGAGCGAGAUGUAUGAAGUCAAGAGACUAUUGUCCAUCAAGGAUGUCUUACUAACUGAGAAAAUAAACCAGUCAGUAGAACUGAAAUCAACUGUGGAUGAAUACAGUAGCAUCAUUAAGGGAUUGAAAGAAGAAAUAAAUGGAUUACAGUAUCAUCUCACAUGUGAAGAUUUGACAGAGUAAGUUGGGCACAGCAAUAGAUAUCAGGGUUUGGAAAUCUCACAAGACCCAAGUUUUCAUCAUGGGCCCAGAUUUCUGUUAGGCGGACAAUAACUAUUCUAACGUAAAUCAACUGUAGACCACUUACACCUCCAGACCCUGACCUGAUACCACCUACCCCAGCCCCGCCUGGGGACCCAAUAUCGAACUCUGCUCCCUGGUACCAGACAUCCUCUGACAUCGUAUUCUAUUUUGGAUAUUUAUUUGUCAAAUUAUUUGGUGCAGCCUACAACAUUAAGUCUGACUACUUAAUUCUUACUUUCCUCCAAAAAAGGCUGUUCAGGGAGUGGGUUGGGGAAGUUCUUAAAGGAAGUUGAGUUGCGUGGGGAAAGAGGAAGAGAGAGUGAUGGGAACGAAUUAUAUGACCGCCAAGUGAUUGGAAUUAUGAAUAGAGAGAAACUAGUGAGAUGAGGACCUCUGACGAAGAGUCAGUAUCACUGAGAGGAGUGAGCAAGAUGAGGACCCUGUGACAGGCAGACAGUCAGCAUCACUUAGAAAAGUGGGCAAGGUGAGGACCCCAAACAGGUGAUCAGCAUCACUGAGAGGAACAGAUGAGGUAUGGAAUUCAUGGCAUGGGCAGUCAACAUCACGGUGAUAUGAGAUGAGAUAAGCUGAAAUGAGCUGAGAUAAGGUGAGGUGAGAUGAGAUCCUGCUUGGUCCCAUUUGGCCCCAUCCCUUAAGCAGGUCAUCAGAGACACAGCCAAGGUGCAGUGUGAGAAGACCACCAUCUAAUGUCUUCCUGCCAAAAUUUAACAAGAGUGUUUGUUUCGAGAAAACCUCACAUCCUUAAUGGAAUGUAAAUAGUUUCGUGUUUGGAAACUGCCUUUUUUGUUGCAUCUAGAUCGAAGCUCUACUGAGGAAUGUCGAAAUUCCAAUGUAUUUUCUGCAGCAUUUGUA